AUGUUGUUUGUCAAGGCUGCCUUGGGCAUGUCGUCUCUCAUCCUCCUUGCUUCUGCGCAGGAGCCCGUGGAUGCUGUUCACAAGACCUUGAUCCCCGGUCUCUCGAAAGUGUCCACGACCACCAGCAAGCUCAUGUCACGAUCCCUGGACAAGCGUUGCUCGGGAAGCUGCGAAGAAUGCUUCGGCACCGGCUACACUCUAUGCCCCGAAAGUAGUCUAUACUGCUAUCUACCAGGAGACGUCUCCUACGGCCUUGACUCUUGCCCGGGUUUUUCCAGUGGAUCGAGCGGAACUGCCAGCGCAUCGGCAGCAGCAGCCACUUCCACGUCGUCUUCUACUGGGACGGACGACGUUUGCUCCCAAACCGGCGCAACUUGCGCAUCCUGUUUUGGGUCAUCCUACCUCGAAUGCCCCGAUGGCGUGCACUGCUACGACCCAAGUGACCCUCAGUUCGAUACCUGUCCAGAUGAUGACAGUGACAGCGGCUCUUCAGGAACAGGAGGAAGCACAGGAAGUGGCGGUACCUCGUCGACAUCAGCAUGCGAGUCUCAAUUUGGUGCUGGAAGCAUCCCUUGCGGUACAGAUGCUUGCUACAACCCUGACGAAGGAGACGUUUGCUGUCAAGAUGGAUACCAUUGCGAAGGUGGCGAUACUUGUUCAAGCAUCGUUGGCAAAUGCUGUCCUGCUGGCUCCACCUCCUCCUCGUGCUCCGGGUCCGGGUCCGGGUCCGGUUCCGGUUCGAGCAGCAGCAGCGGCCUCGGUGGUACCCUGAUGUCAACGUCUUCUUACGCCACCGCACUGCCUACAUCUGGUGAUAGUAUCGACACUGAAAGUGCCACUUCCACCCGCGGAUUCCUGGUCACUACUGGUUCGACCAGGACGACCGCUUCGGCAGCGACUGGGUCGACUGGGUCGACUGGGUCGACCAGUGGCAGUGGCACAGGGCCCUUGCCAGAUGCAAGAGCUCUCAUGGUUGCCGUGGGCUUGGGUGCAUUGGUGUUGUGA